CGUAGCUUUCCUCAAACGCGUUGGAACAUAUGGAAGCUACAUCCAUGUUUUCUUGCGCAAGAAUGGUUCCACAACACAUUCCUCUCACAUCAUUCAGGUCUUUGUUCUUUGCUCUAACAGCUUGAUGCAAUAAAUCACGUUCAAGAUCACUCUCAUUCAGAUUGUUUAUUACAGAGAAAAACAGAUGAGGGUCGAGAGGACAGCCUCGAUAGGCGCAGCCAUAUCAGACAAUUUUUUUCGCACCACAGCCCGUACAGUAAACCCCCAAUGAUCCGUCCAUCCUACUCCCAUCCCACUCGAAAUCCACACUCAUGCGCGAUAAGCCGGCGGCGGCGCACUCAGAUCCUCCCCACUCGGCCGUCCCCCAACUGUCGUUGUAGGCGGCGGCGGUCCGGCCGGCGGCGGAUACUGUGGGUACUGCGGCUGGCCGCCAUUCGUACUAGCAUUACUAUGCCUCCGAUCAUGCAAAUCAGCAGCCGAGUGGCCCGGUUCCGGGAACAGCAGCGGUGCUUGGCUCUGUCCCUGGUUCUGAUUACGGUGUUGGGCGUCGUAGGGUGUUGGAGUUGGGUAGUGACCGUUAGGUUGGUGUGGUGGCUGUUGCUGUUGCGUCAUAACAGGCGGCGGGCCAGUAUACACGCCCCCAGAUCCCAUCCCAAACACUGGCCCCGGACCGCCACUGAGGAACAAACCCCUCCUGCGUCGUCGUCUCCGCAUGCAGAAGAGACAAAGUGUGAGGAAGAAGAGCAGCGCAAUAAACCCGCCGACGGAGCCGCCUAUGAUGGAAGGGUUUUGAUUUUGCGCGCUCCAGCCGCCGCCGUAGGGGCAGGUGCCGUAGACGGAUUGGCAGCUUGCGGCUCUGAAUAUAGAGAUGGGAAUGAGUCUCUCCGCCUCUCCCUCCCAGAACUCUCUGCAUACUUACGAGCACUGAUUAUAGUUUGUCCAGUAAUUGUUCCCGCAAUAGCAUCGGCACAUCGCUUGGACCCCCUGUGGCGCCAUGAGUGCGACGAGCAGGGUUGUAGCGAGGAAUCGUGGUUUGAGGAGCGUCGAACGGAUCGAAGACGUGGAUGCUAGUGUCAUUUUCGGGAAGAGUAUGAAUGUGGGUAUGUUUAGACUGUAUUUCCUGGCGAAGGUGGAUGUCGACCGUCUUUUCUUCUGACAGCGCUUUUAUGACUUGAAAACUUGAGAGUGGGGCGGGGUUGAAUCUGAAGGUCGCCAAG